GGAACUUAGCCGGACAAGCCACUGACGUCGCCGCGUGCCUGUCUUCCCCGGCCGCUCUCACCCCGUCAUCCUCAUCCGCCCAGCUCCCCGACCCCUAUAAAUACCUCGCCAUCCCCAGCCGUUCCGACACAGCAGCACAGCAGACAGCAAACAUUCCACAGCUUCUCCCUCUCCCACGCCACGCACUCUUCAGCUGCCCAAGCUCAGAGCUCGCACUAGUGUUUCCGACUGAGCAAAUGGCGGCGAUGACCCAAGUGUCCAGGGCGAUCGGCGCCGCUGACCUCCACCCCCUCCACCCGGCAUCAUCCGAGUCGGCGGCGGCGGCGAGAGCCAACGGCGACGAGAAGCUGCGGUUCAUCGAGGAGAUGACGUCCAACGUGGACGCGGUGCAGCAGCGCGUGCUGGCCGAGAUCCUCGCCCGCAACGCCGCCACGGAGUACCUCGCCAACUGCCGCCUCGACGCCGCCACCGCCGACCGGGACGCCUUCCGCGCCAAGGUCCCCGUCGUCUCCUACGACGCGCUCAAGCCAUACAUCCAGCGCAUCGUCGACGGGGACAGCUCGCCCAUCCUCUCCUCGCACCCCGUCUCGGAGUUCCUCACCAGCUCAGGCACCUCCGCCGGGGAGCGGAAGCUCAUGCCCACGGUAGAGGAUGAGCUCGAACGGCGCCAGUCGCUCUACAGCCUCCUCAUGCCGGUCAUGAACCUGUAUGUGUCCGGGCUCGAGGCGAAGGGCCUCUACUUCCUGUUCGUCAAGUCGGAGACGAGGACCCCGGGCGGGCUGCCGGCGCGGCCGGUGCUCACCAGCUACUACAAGAGCGACCUCUUCAGGAACCGGACGCACGACCCCUACCACAACUACACCAGCCCCACGGCGGCCAUCCUCUGCGCGGACGCCUUCCAGAGCAUGUACGCGCAGAUGCUCUGCGGCCUGUGCCAGCGCCACGAGGUGCUCCGCGUCGGCGCCGUCUUCGCGUCCGGCCUCCUCCGCGCCAUCCGCUUCCUCCAGCUCAACUGGGAGCAGCUCGCCGACGACAUCGAGCAGGGCGCGCUCACCCCGCGCGUCACGGACCCCUCCGUGCGCGAGGCGGUCGCGGCCAUCCUCCGCCGCCCAGACCCCGAGCUGGCGGCAUUCAUCCGGGACGAAUGCUGCAAUGGCGACUGGGCCGGCAUCAUCACGCGCGUCUGGCCCAACACCAAGUACCUGGACGUCAUCGUCACGGGCGCCAUGGCGCAGUACAUCCCCACGCUCAAGCACUACAGCGGGGGCCUGCCGAUGGCGUGCACCAUGUACGCGUCAUCCGAGUGCUACUUCGGCCUCAACCUGCGCCCGCUCUGCGACCCGGCCGAGGUCGCCUACACCAUCAUGCCCAACAUGGGCUACUUCGAGUUCCUCCCCGUGGACUCCGCCGCCACCGGCGCGUCUGUCGCCGAGGCGUCCGCGUCCGACCUGGUGGAGCUGGCCCGCGUGGAGGCCGGGCGCGAGUACGAGCUGGUGAUCACCACCUACGCCGGGCUCAACCGGUACCGCGUCGGCGACGUGCUCCGCGUGACCGGCUUCCACAACGCGGCGCCGCAGUUCCAGUUCGUGCGGCGCAAGAACGUGCUGCUCUCCAUCGAGUCCGACAAGACUGACGAGGCCGAGCUGCAGCGCGCCGUGGAGCGCGCGGCGGAGCUACUCCGCCCGCACGGCGCGUCCGUGGUGGAGUACACCAGCCAGGCCUGCACCAGGAGCAUCCCGGGACACUACGUCAUCUACUGGGAGCUGCUGGCCACCGGCGGCGGCGGCGGCGCGAAGCUGGCGGUGGACAAGGAGACCCUGGACAGCUGCUGCCUGGAGAUGGAGGAGGCGCUCAACACCGUGUACCGGCAGAGCCGGGUGGCCGACGGUUCCAUCGGGCCGCUGGAGAUCCGGGUGGUCCGGCCGGGCACCUUCGAGGAGCUCAUGGACUACGCCAUCUCCCGCGGAGCCUCCAUUAACCAGUACAAGGCGCCCCGCUGCGUGACGUUCCCGCCGAUCAUCGAGCUGCUCGACUCGCGCGUCGUGUCCAGCCAUUUCAGCCCAGCUCUGCCGCACUGGACCCCGACCCGGCGCUCCGACUAGACCGAGAGAAGUACGUAGUACAGUAGCUCCGACUGCUACUGGGAGAUUGCUGCAUGAAGUACGUACGUAGUAGCACGUUCAUACCUAAAGACCUUUUUGAGAAUUUUGAUUCUUGCUGUCAGUUAGUACAGUAGUAGCAUGAACGAACACCUUAUUCGAUGCUAUGUAGCUGAAAAAAAAUUGUUGACGGAAGGGGACAGUUUGUGGUACGAUUUGUCUGUAUCUACCAGGAGUGUGAUUACUUAACGGGACGUGCCUCCAAAA